ACUAGAAAAACGUGGCUCAUCUAAAAGGACAGAAAUGGCGCUUGCAGCUUUCUCGCUCAAACUCCCCCUCAAUCCACAGCUAUCGAGAAUCACCCAACCAAAUCCUUCCUUAAAAUUCAAACCGCCACCUGCCUGUAGGUCUCCUCUCUUCUUCCGCUUCAAAUUCAAGACAGCUAACGCAAAAGGAAGAAGCGGAGUUUUCUUAACGAGGGCAGUGGAGGAGAGUCAGGAGAGCACGGAAUCUGAGGCCACGAAGGAAGAGCAAUCGUCGGAUGAGGCAAGUGGCGAGGUAAGCGAUGUUGGGGCGGAGAUCAAGAGAGCAAUGAAGAAAGGGGAGAAAGAAGGAGAUUUGUUGAGCGGUGUGGUGGAAGAGAUCCAGGAGAUAGAGUGGCCUGCAUUUGGGAAAGUGUUGGGGACCACAGGUGUAGUGAUUGGGGUGAUUGCAGGGUCUAGCCUUGUUUUGCUUACUGUUAAUGCUGUUUUGGCUGAGUUGUCUGAUAGGGUAUUUGCUGGCAGAGGCGUUCAAGAUUUCUUCAGCUAAGAGAGUUAUGGAGUGGACAGGAGAGAGGCUGUAAACUACCAUUUUCUUUAUUCAAUUGUCAAUUAAAUUGAGAAACAAUAGUCUUUGUACUCAUAAAACAACUUUGAAUCGAACCCUUUUUUUGAAAA